GGUGCGGUGCGGAGCGGGGCGGGCCGGGGGCCGCCGCCCGCCCUCUCCCCGCCCCCCGCGCCAGAGGCACCGCCGCCGCCGCAGCCGGGUCCAUGUCCGCUGGAGCCCCCGCCUGCCGCCGCCCGCAGCCCCGGCAUGGACGUUAGGUUUUACCCCUCCGCCCCCACCGCCGUGGGCUCCCUGCCCGGCGCCGACCCCACUUGCCUCGGGCCGCUGGAUUAUUAUCACUGCAACAAGUUUGAUGGGGAGAACAUGUACAUGGGAAUGAACGACAACGCCCAGGAGUUUCUAUCGGCAAAUCAGACGUAUAACGGUCAGAAUGAGAAUAACGAAGACUAUGAGAUCCCUCCCAUAACGCCUCCUAAUCUCCCCGACCCUUCCCUCCUGCACUUGGUGGACCACGAAACUGGAUAUCACUCCCUGUGCCACAGCCUCCCUCCGAACAGCCUGAUACCAGCAUACCCCUACCAGAACAUGGACCUGCCGGCCAUCAUGGUCUCCAACAUGUUGAGUCAGGACGGGCAUCUUCUCUCCAGCCAGCUACCCACGAUCCAGGAGAUGGUCCACUCGGACGCCACAUCCUAUGAGUCCAACCGUCAAGUGCCCCUGAUCAAUCGCCCUGGGAUGUUAGCCGGCCCCAUGAGCGCUCUCAGCCAGUCACAGCUGAUUUCUCAGAUGGGGAUGCGGAGCGGUGUUACCCACGGUUCCCCAUCGCCCCCGGGAAGUAAAUCUGCUACACCAUCUCCCUCCAGUUCGACUCAGGAAGAGGAGACUGAGUCACAUUAUAAGGUUACUGGAGAGAAAAGACCAUCGACAGACCUGGGCAAAAAGCCCAAAAGCCAAAAGAAGAAGAAAAAGAAGGAUCCCAAUGAGCCCCAGAAGCCCGUGUCAGCCUACGCCCUGUUUUUCAGAGACACACAAGCAGCCAUCAAAGGGCAAAACCCCAAUGCUACCUUCGGAGACGUAUCGAAAAUUGUUGCAUCAAUGUGGGACAGUUUGGGAGAAGAACAAAAACAGGCUUACAAGAGGAAAACAGAAGCCGCGAAGAAGGAGUACCUGAAAGCCCUGGCAGCGUACCGGGCCAGCCUCGUCUCCAAGAGCUCUGCCGACCAAGGAGAGACAAAAAGUGCCCAGAGCAAUCCACCUUCCAAAAUGAUCCCUCCCAAGCAGCCCAUGUACUCGAUGCCACCGCAGGCUUCCUCGCCCUAUCCCGGCCUGGGCUCGUUCCUGUCCCCAUCGGACCUGCAGAACUACCGUGGCCACCCCCACCCCAGCCUGUCCAGGACCCUCACCUCCAAACCCAUGCUGCCCAGCAUCAGUGCCUCCCCGCCACCCUCCUUCCAGAUCAGCCCCCCCCUCCACCAGCAGCUCUCCUUGCACCACCCACAGAGCUCCCUCCUCAGCCAGCCCCUCAGCAUGCAGCAGGUCCCCCAGCAGCCCCUCCUGUCCCCCCCCAUGGCACUACAGGUACAGCCCCCCAUGAACGCCUCGCCUCCCGGGCAGCAGGACUUCUCACAUAUUUCGUCUGAGUUUCAAAACAGUGUUGGACCCCGUUCGCCUGGUGCAUCAAACCCUCCGGGAAGCACCGAGUGGGACAACGACUACCCCAGCAGAGAGUGUGGGAUUAACCACUGCAGCAUGCUGCCAAGGGACAAGGCACUCUACCUCACCUAAAACCCGACGUUUCUUUCCGAGGAGGCUCACGUGAAGGACACUUGAGAAGGUCUAUCUUACAGACUGCGCAGAGAGGCACCAAGCAAGUCGUACGGACGAGAGAGCUACCACUGCACCUCGUCGCUGGCUUCGUUUCCAGGCUCUAAGAGCAGUUUUCUUUUAUUAUUUUUGAACUCUAAAGUCUACUUUCUGUGGAAGCCCAAAACUUCAUAAAUCAUGAAGAACAAAAAAAAAAAAAAACCACAAAACCAACAAAAAAAAUAAA